UAUAGGAGCCACCUUGCUGCACAGAGCAGGGUGAGCUGAGGGGUUAGUGAAGCUCUUAAAUAAAUGAGGAAGCUGCUGAUUAUCCCUGGUCAUGGCUGCAGCCUAGGAUUCUCUCUGCUGCAUCAAGGGUACAUGGCAGUAGUCAGUGUGGAACAGUUGUGCCACACUGCAGUCACACAGAGAAGGAGCCCGUCACAGAGCCAGACCUUCAAGUUGAGCCCUCUUCGCCUGUCAGUUCACCGGCUGGAUAGCCUAACAUUGUGAAGAGAUCUCUCCUGGGACUCUCAGCACGCCGGAUUCGGUCUUCACACAGCAAGAGUGACCUCAACAUCUGGACUGAUGAUCUUCAUGAAGGUCUGACAUCAGGUCUUCCCUUCCUCCCUUCUCGCUCCCCACUGCUGGUGGGAGCUUCAGAUGAUGGAACUGAAAGUGUGGGUGGACGGGGUUCAGCGAGUGGUCUGUGGCGUCAGUGAGAAGACAACAUGCCAGGAGGUGGUCAUUGCUUUGGCUCAGGCCAUGGGUCGCACUGGGCGCUACAUAUUGAAGGAGAAGUGGAAAGAUGUUGAAAGGCAUUUGACACCAGAUGAAAAGCUCUUGAUGUCCCUGAGCAAGUGGGGCCAGCAAGCCAAGGAUGUCCAGCUGAUUCUCAACCGCACUGGCCCCUCCCUUGGCCUCCAGCCUGUUCCAGAGAAGAUCCAAGGGCCUGAGAGGAACAUCCAUCGCCAGAGUCUCCCACCACUGGCAAAGCUGAGGAAUAAAGGUGACCGAAGCAGGCACUUGAAAGAAGCCAAGAGGAAGUCCCUGAACUUUGCCGAAGGAGCUCGAGAGUGGCUGGAGUCCUUUGGAAAGAGCAAGGAAGCCAAAGCCAAAGUCAAAGAGGCAGACACUGAGAAAGGAGCCACAGGCGUCACUCAGUCCACAGGAGAAGACUUGAAUGAUCUGCUCUACCAUCAAGAGGAGAAGCUACAGAGCCUCCAAGCUGACCUUGAGUCAACUGAGGCGGAGAUCAAACAGCUGGUGGAGGACAGCCAGCCCGAGGUCAGCAAAGAGAUUCACAGGCUGCAGGAAGUGGUAGAGCAGAGGAGUGCAGAGGCUGAGGAGGUGGAGUACUGGGAGAAUGAGCUGAAAGCCGAGGAGCUUCACGGGGAAGAGCUGAAGGAACAGCUGGAUGAAAUGAAGAAGAAGCUGGAAGAGUGUGAGGAGAAGCUCAGAGACUUCCUGCUGAAAGCCCAGAGCCUGGAAGCCAGUGCUAAGGUGGCUCAGUGCCAGAGGGAAAAGCAGCAGGCCAAAGCCUGCCCUGACCUAAGGGACAAGGUUCAGAAACUGAAAGAGGAGAUAACCGCAAAGUCCCAUGAGGCUGAACAGCUGGAGGAGGACAUGAGGCUGGUGGAGACGGCCAUUGGGAAGGUGGAAGAUGAAAUUCAGAGGAAACAAUGUGAAGUGGAAGAUCUGACCAAGGAUCUGCGCCAGGCAAACCUCCUCCAGUUCAUUCAAAGGACUGGCAGUAAGGUCAGCAUCCUCCCUGCACAGGAGGGCUCAGCUGAGGUAGCAGAUCCUCUGCUCUAUCUAGACUCGCUGAACCAUGGAACAUCUCGAGCCAAAACAAAAGAUCUUCCCAUCACAUUGAUUUCUGUCUUCAACCAAGAAGGCAUUUAUGUGUAACUGCUUCAUCUUACGAUGACAUGGAUUCUCUUAAGUUCAACUGGUUACUACAAUGUGCAUGCCUUACUCUGACAGAUUUAGCUCUGGUGAUGCUGACCAGUAUUAGAUAAGAAAAAAAAUCACUGAAGCACUGGAGGUAUUACAAAGGGGCUUGCUAUUGUAUGAGUAUGAAUCUAGCUUUAACACUCCCACCACAAGAAGGUGACCUGCAUCCAGUUGUUUCAUGGAUUUUGAUCUGGGUCUUAGAUUGGAACUGAAAUUCUUACAUUGACUGUAUUUACAGUGUCUUAAAAUGGUUUUAUCACACAUAUAUGGAUAUGAUACUGAAAAUUAUAUUGCAUAUAACAUGUGUAUAUUGAAAAUGUCCAAUGCCAAAUGCCAGCAAGAGUAUAUGGAUCUGUUCCUAUAUCUUAUGGUCUUGUGUACUGAUCCCAACAGUAUGUGGACACCAUGCCUAAUAAUUAAUUUAAUUACUUUAUAGAGAUAUGGAAUUGCAUGUGGUAAGAUGCACAUCAUACGAGCAAAAUUUUACAAUUUGUAAAAUGCUGGACUUGGCAGUGUACCUGGUUAAUUCAAUUGGUACUUGAAUAUGUAUUUGGAAACAAAAAGAACAUUUAUGUCAAUGUGGUAACAAUCUAUCUAGUAGCUAGUAGUUUCAAGGCGGUUAGUUCACCUCUGGUCCCCACCUGGCACUCAGCUCUCACCUGUGGCUCCCCGUAGCUGUUUGCAUGUGACAGCGGCCACACCCCGGGCAACGGCUUUGACAAGCCGGCUAAACCAGGUGAGGGUAGCUGACGGGUCUCAAACUCUCGGUGAGAUAAGUAGUUAUCUAUCCCAGCAUGUGAAGACAGACUCCGGCUGAUUGAGCGGAUGGGACCAAUGGAAGGUCCAACGGUCAAGAAGGCAGUCUCUGCAAGCGUCGUGGAACGUGUAGAGCAUGACAAGACACAGAAGAUGUCCUGGUUAUCCACUGCUCCUAGUCCCAUCUCCAGCCAUCUCGACCCUGUCUUGCCACUGGAUCCAGAUGGGAAUUGGGAAGAGAGAGUGAGGCUGACGCUGCACAACUCUCCCUCACUUAAAUCCAAAUCAAGCGCUAGUCUCGACACCAUCAGAGCCAGCUGGUGGUGCAGUGACAUCAGCACCGAACUCCGGAGUGAAAGUUCCCGAGUUCAAAUCCAAUCGGGCCGCUCCCACGCACGCUUUCCAUCCUGCCAGGUUGAGUGUCGAGCUGGCAACUCAACCUCGUAAAAAAGUACUAAUGGUGUUGAGGUCUUCGUCAGUAAUGAUGGACAAACCUUAGUAGCUAGCUGUUAUAUAUAGACCUGAUAUGAGAAUUGUGUUUAAUAGGAUGCAUACUAUACUUGAAUACCCAUAGGCCUGACACUGUCAUUAACCGGCAAAUUGUCUGUUGCUGUACAGUGGAAUGAAAUCUCUUUCAUAUAUAUGGUUCAAUGGUUCCAUUUAAUAUCAGAGAAUGUAUAGAGUAUACAACCUGAAAUUCUUACUCUGCGCAGACAUCCACAAAAACAGAAAAGAAGCCCAAAGAAUGAACGAAAGAAAGAAGAACCCCAAAGCCCCCUCUCCCUGCCUCCCAAGCACAAGCAGCAGCAAAGCAUCAACCUCCCACUCUCCCUCCCCACCCAUUUCAGCAGGAAGCAUCAGCACCCACCACCCAGCAAGCAAGCAACAGCAAAGCCCCCAAAGAGAGACCAUGAUCUGCAGUCCAACAAAGGCCAUUGUUUCCCCACCAAUUCAACAUGCCACAGGCUCUCUCUCUCUCACUAACAAGGGUUUGAGAGGUAUCACCCAUCCCACAGUAAGCGGGGAGACCAACAAACAGUCGCUGUUAUGAUGUUACAGACUGCCGCGUUGCUUUUUUAUUCCGAGAUUCUCCAACUCCAGAAUCGGCAGCAAAAGAGACAUUAAAGAGAAGAAUUUAAUGUCGCUUGGAUCAGUGCUGAGAUUGCAGCCAAUCUUUUUGUUCAGCACCUAGAGAGGCAGCACUGGUGAUACAUUCAGUACAUUUAGAAAACAUUGCAAAUACUGAAGUGUUGAUUAAUUAGAGUUAAAGCAUUUAUUUUUUCAUAAAUAAACUCCAAAG